ACGUCAGCAGCCCUGGAACCGCUGAGGUCGCCCAGCCGCGAUAUUAACUACGCCAAAAACUUCGCUAUUUUAUCUCUCCGUAAAUGAUCGCGCUGUCGCCUUAGGAUUUGGCUUCGUUUGGACUGUUGCUGUUCUUGGUGAUGGACACACAGCAGUUCAACAAACUCUGAUAGUCUUUAGCUCCCUAUUGCAUCCAGCAGCCCUGUCUUAGGGGCCGCUGAGGGGGCAGACACUUAAUGCACUGAACUCAAACAAUGACUGACCCCAUCAUGGACUUCUUUGAUGACCCUAGCAUAUUUGGGGGAGGGCUUGACAGCUUAGUCCAGGAUGAUCCAGGGUUUACCUCAGGGACUGUGUCUUUGGAUGAUGAACUUCACCUGGGUCCUAGUUUGGAGCCUCUUCAGGUGGAUGCAGGGUCCAGAUCUUCUGCCAUCCAACAUGGGAUACCCUACAGUCAACCUAUGACUCAUUUUGACACUAUGAAGGCACAGACCUCAAUGGAACAGUCCUUUCCUGGUACAGAAGGAGGUGGCAAUGAUGGAAGAGCAUUUUUGCCACAGCAACAAUCAUUUCAAGGGCAUACUAUGAACGAUGUCCCCCAGACCAAUGGACUGUUUCUUCACAACAGCCCCAUGUGGGGAAACCAUGAUCAGAAAGGGAAUAACUACCAUCAGCACAAUCAACACCAUCAACAAAUUCAUCAUCAACAACUUCAACAUAAACAACUUCAGCAGCAGCAACAGUUUCAGCUGCAUCAAGCUCAACAUCAGCAGUACAGUCAGCAGCAUCAACAUCUUCAGCAGAGACAGCACAGCCGCAAUCAACACCCAAUCUCAGACCAGCUGCAGCUCCCUCACCAACAAAUAGCCCAUCAAGGCUUGCAUCAUAUUGGCAAGACCUAUCAGGAACAUACUGGUUUUUACUAUGAGAGCAGCAUCCCUCAAAAUCAUUCUCAGCACGGCCACCAUAACUCCCUCAAUAUAGAGGGUAGCCCCUUUCACCCUAUGGUUGAGGCCUCAAUGAUGUCUGGGUCUUCUCAGCAACACGGUGGCUUUCAGAUAGCCCAGGGGGUUCAAGGUUUUACUACAGGUCCGAGGUUAGAAGACAAUGACCUGGCCUUCCCUGUCCAGUCUUCCCCUGCAACCCAUUCUUUCCCAACUGACUCUGUUAGCCAUGCUUCAUCCUAUCCUACUGCUCGUUACACUCUGACUGCUCAGCCUCUCCCUAUAGUAAAUGCAACUCAGUCUUACUCCUCUACCCCAAUCUCUAUGACAACCUCUUCAGUGGCCAUCUCAUCAUCAGCUUCAAACCUUUUGGAUACUGGUUGUCCUUUCCUGUCUAAUUCUGGAAGGGAACAUCAGCAGCAACAAGUCCACAUGCCUGGCAAUCCAGCACAUCGGUGCCCCUUAAAUAGCUCCAAAUCAGACCAGGAUCCCUUCCGCUCUUCUAAGGUGUUCCCAGAUGGUCUGAACGUGUUCGCUGCAGACUGUCCAUUCUCUACGGCAGAGCGAAGGAACCAUGAUGUACCUGGACCUUUGGUUACAAGCCAAAGCGUAAGCAGCAGUAAUGGGUUUCAGGCACUUGAGGAGGUCUUGCUUGGACAGCAGCAUUGUCACAGACUUGACCUGGGUGAAGCUCCUGACCUUUUAGGGGAUGUGCUGUUGCCUCAGCUGGAGGCACUAGACCAGGAAGAGAGCUCCAAUCACUCUUGGAUAAACGCAGGACUUGAGAAUGACCAAGAAGAUGUGAAGGACGAGGAAGGCAUGGAGGAUGUGCCAGUGGUUUACAAUGCACAGCCUCCUAAGAACACUAAUGGUUCCAACAGCCAGCUGCGGGUACUCAGCCCACCAGUAAAGAGCAGCUCCUCUUCUUCCUCUUCAUCAUCCUCAUACAUAUCCGUGUCAGAGAAGCGGGUGCAGAAGCGACAGCAGCAGCAACAGCAGAUGGAGUCGCCCCUAUCCGACGAUAAACAACAGAAGGCCAAUCAAAUCAUCUCUGAGGCCAUCGCCAAAGCACGAGAGAGGGGAGAGAAAAAUAUUCCAUGCAUCAUGAAUCCCGACAGCUUCCCGUCUUCGUCGUCGCAGCACCGCAGUCACAAGGCCGGUUCUUCCAAGUCCAGAGGCAAGGAUAAAAGCUCCAAGAAGGCCCGGAUUGUGACGUCAUUCAAGCCCAAGCAAAAGGCUCAAAUUGGGAAAAUCGUUAUAAAGCUUGGAAAGAAGAAGCGAAAGAAGACAGAUUCCUCUGAAGAGCUGUCUGACAAUGACAGACCAACUCGACGAUCUUCUAAAGAUGAUGAUUCGAAGCGGCGUUCGAACCGGAAGGUCAAGAGGAAGAAGUAUGAGGAUGAUGAUGAGGCUCGAUUGUCUGAUGAAGAAAUGAAGGUCAUCGUCAAAGCCAAGAAGAGCAACUCCAAUGCUCACAAACAGCCUGCAGUGCAACUGUUUGUGGAGAACCCUGCUGAGGAAGAUGCUGCUGUGGUUGAUAAAAUCAUGGCAUCUCGUGUGGUGAAAAAAGAGGUUUCUCCUGGGGUGAUGGUAGAAACCGAAGAGUAUUACGUCAAGUACAAAAACUACUCAUAUCUUCACUGUGAGUGGGCGACGGAGCAGCAUUUAGAGAAAGACAAGAGGAUCCAGCAGAAAAUCAAGCGCUUCAAGAUCAAACAGGCGCAGAAAGCACACUUCUUUGCUGAUAUGGAGGAGGAACCAUUCAAUCCUGACUAUGUAGAAGUGGACAGAGUUCUCGAGGUCUCAUACUGUGAGGACAAGGACACCGGAGAGCCGGUGGUGUAUUACCUGGUGAAAUGGUGCUCAUUGCCGUAUGAGGACAGCACAUGGGAGCUGAAGGAAGAUGUAGACCAGACUAAGAUCAAAGAGUUCAAAAAGCUGCAGGCAGCAAAACCACACACCAACAGAGUGGAACGUCCACCGGCGAGUCACUGGAAGAAGCGGGGGCAGUCACGAGAGUAUUGUAAUGGAAACUGUCUCAGGGAUUACCAGCUGGAGGGGGUCAACUGGCUUCUCUUCAACUGGUACAACAGGCGUAACUGUAUUCUGGCAGAUGAGAUGGGUCUGGGAAAAACCAUCCAGUCCAUUACGUUUCUGGAUGAGAUCUGUCGCAUAGGGAUCAAGGGGCCUUUCCUCAUCAUCGCCCCUCUCUCUACCAUCGCUAACUGGGAGAGAGAGUUCAGAACCUGGAUGAACCUCAACGUCAUCGUGUACCAUGGCAGUGUGGUCAGCAGACAGAUGCUCCAGCAGUAUGAGAUGCACUUCAGAGAUGCUCAGGGUCGUGUGAUAAGAGGUGCUUACCGGUUUCAGGCAGUCAUUACAACAUUUGAGAUGAUAUUGGGAGGCUGUCCAGAACUUAACGCAAUAGACUGGCGCUGUGUCAUCAUUGAUGAAGCCCAUCGGCUCAAAAAUAAGAACUGCAAGCUUCUGGAGGGCUUCAAACUUAUGAGCCUGGAACAUAAGGUUUUGUUGACGGGCACUCCACUACAAAACACAGUAGAAGAACUCUUUAGUCUGCUGCACUUCCUGGAGCCGACCCGCUUCCCUUCUGAAAGCACCUUCAUGCAGGAAUUCGGAGACCUCAAGACUGAGGAGCAGGUCCAGAAACUCCAGGCCAUCCUAAAACCAAUGAUGCUGCGGCGUCUUAAGGAAGACGUGGAGAAGAAGUUGGCCCCUAAAGAGGAGACCAUCAUUGAAGUGGAGCUCACCAACAUCCAGAAGAAAUACUACCGCGCCAUACUGGAGAAGAACUUCUCAUUCCUGGCUAAAGGAGCUGGCCAAGCCAACGUCCCAAACUUGCUCAACACCAUGAUGGAACUGCGGAAAUGCUGCAACCAUCCCUACCUCAUCAAAGGGGCCGAGGAGAAGAUCUUGGAAGACUUCAAGGAGGUGUAUAGCCCCACAGCCGUAGAUUUCCACCUGCAGGCUAUGAUUCAGUCAGCAGGUAAACUCGUUCUAAUUGACAAGCUGCUCCCCAAGAUGAAGGCCGGUGGACACAAAGUGCUCAUCUUUUCUCAAAUGGUGCGCUGCCUGGACAUCCUGGAAGACUACCUCAUCCAGAGAAGAUACCUCUAUGAGCGGAUAGAUGGCCGUGUGCGUGGGAACCUCCGUCAAGCAGCUAUAGACCGUUUCAGUAAACCAGACUCCGAUCGAUUCGUCUUCCUGCUGUGUACUCGAGCAGGUGGGCUCGGUAUUAACCUCACAGCUGCCGACACCUGUAUCAUCUUUGACUCUGACUGGAACCCUCAGAAUGACCUGCAGGCCCAGGCUCGCUGCCACAGGAUUGGUCAGAAUAAAGCAGUUAAAGUAUAUCGACUAAUCACGCGUAACUCAUACGAGCGAGAGAUGUUCGAUAGAGCCAGUCUGAAGCUGGGAUUGGAUAAAGCGGUGCUUCAAAGCAUGAGUGGACGAGACAACAGUCUAGGAGGAGGAGGGCAGAUGCAGCAGCAGCUCUCUAAGAAGGAGAUUGAGGACCUUCUGCGGCGUGGAGCUUAUGGUGCCAUCAUGGACGAGGAAGAUGAGGGGGCUAAAUUUUGUGAAGAGGACAUUGACCAAAUCCUGCAACGCAGAACCAAGACCAUCACUAUUGAAUCUGAGGGUCGGGGCUCCACCUUUGCCAAGGCCAGUUUUGUAGCUUCAGGGAACAGAACAGACAUCUCUCUGGAUGACCCCAACUUCUGGGACAAAUGGGCCAAGAAAGCAGAGAUUGACAUGGAUACAGUCAAUGGCAGAAACAGUCUGGUGAUCGACACCCCUCGUGUCAGGAAACAGACCCGGCCGUUCAGUGCUACUAAGGACGAGCUGGCCGAGCUCUCUGAAGGGGAGAGUAGCGGAGAUGACAAACCCAAACUCCGCCGGCCACAUGACCGCCUAAACAGCUAUGGCCGCACAGAGUGCUUCCGGGUAGAAAAAAAUCUGUUGGUGUAUGGGUGGGGCCGCUGGAAGGAUAUCCUGGCUCACGGGCGCUUUAAGCGACAGCUGAGCGAGCGUGAUGUGGAGUGUAUAUGCAGAGCACUCCUGGCAUACUGCCUCGUUCAUUACCGUGGAGAUGAUAAAAUCAAAAGCUUCAUGUGGGAUCUGAUCGCUCCCACAGAGGACGGCAGGACCAAGGAACUUCAGAACCAUUUGGGUUUGUCGACUCCAGUACCACGAGGCCGUAAAGGAAAGAAGAUGAAGAUUCAGUCUAGCUCAUUUGAUAUCCAGAAGGCAGAGUGGAUCCGAAAACACAACCCAGAACACAUGUUGUCUGAUGAUGGGUACAAGAAACACCUGAAACACCACUGCAACAAGGUGCUGCUGAGGGUCAGAAUGCUGUACUAUCUGAAACAAGAGGUGAUCGGAGUACAUUGCCAAAAAGUACUGGAUGGGGCAGAUGUCAGUGAGAUAGAGAUCUGGGUUCCUGAGCCGGAUCAUUCAGAGAUGCCUGCUCUGUGGUGGGACAUGCUCUCGGACAAAUGUCUGCUGUUAGGAGUCUUUAAGCACGGUUAUGAGAAGUACAACACUAUUCGUGCAGAUCCAGCACUGUGUUUCAUAGACAGGGUUGGGCGGCCGGACGAGAAGGCCAUCGCUGCUGAGCAGAGAGGAAAUGACUUUAUGGAUGGAGAUGUGGAUGACCCUGAGUAUAAGCCUGCUCCAGCUUUGCUGAAGGAUGAUAUGGAGGAUGAUGCUUCCUCCCCAGGAGACCUGGUCAUCACUGAUACAGGCGGAGAAGGAGGUUCUGUAUUAGAUGGUGGCGGUGGGACUUUGGGUGCUGGCUCAGGGAUGUACUGGCCCUCAACCUCUGCGCUGACGGCCCGACUGCGGCGUCUGAUCACCGCAUCUCAGCGCUUCACCAAGAGCAGACAGAUACUUCAGAUCCACCAGACACAGCAGACCAUGACCCCUGCCCUCUACCCUCUGCCCCCCAUGCUCAGCGACACACUCAGUCCCAAAAUUGCUGCUAAAAUUGAAAGACAACAGCGGUGGACGCGUAGAGAGGAGGCAGAUUUCUAUCGUGUGGUUUCAACAUUUGGGGUAGUGUUUGAUCCAGAUUUGGGCCGUUUUGACUGGACCAAGUUCAGAGCCAUGGCUCGACUGCACAAGAAAACUGACGAGAGUCUACACAAGUACCUGUGUGCCUUUAUUGCCAUGUGCAGGAGAGUCUGCCGCCUACCCGCUAUAGAGGGAGAUAUGGUGGAUUCCUCUCUUGCUAUACAACCUAUCACAGAGGAGCGUGCCUCCCGUACCUUAUACAGAGUGGAGUUGCUGCGGAAGAUAAGAGAACAGGUGUUGCGUCACCCGCAGCUUUAUGAGCGUCUCGCACUGUGCCAGCCAGGACCGGAUCUUCCAGUGUGGUGGGAAACAGGAUCCCAUGAUCGGGAUCUUCUUCUUGGGGCAGCCAAACACGGAGUCAGCCGAACAGAUUACCAUAUCCUACGUGACCCGGAUCUCUGCUUUAUGGCGGCACAGAGGAACUACAGCCAGAACAAGGGAACUGCAGCACAAGUCCAAGCCCAGAAUCAGACACCUUCACUGGGACAAUGUCACAUCCCAACCCCCCUCCAGCACAUUCAGGCUAAAGAGGCUUCUGCUUCACCACUCCCAAACCAAACUGAAAUAAAGGAGGAGCCACUGUCAGAGGGAGAGGAAGAGAGUGGAGAGCAAGAUCCCAAGAUGGAGACACCCUCUAUCAGACCACCAACACCUUCAGGAGUGGAUGAGAAAGAUGACAUCCACAAAGCGGGAGAGAACGAGAGCCGGAUGGUGGCAGCCAGAACAAAACCGCUCACUCCAAACUCAGUAACUCGAAAACAGAAGAAACUGAGUAAGCGGAGCCGCAAAGAGGCCAGGAGGGGGUCGGGAGCAGACUCAGACGGCUCCUCAUCCAGCUCUUCGUCGAGUUCUUCAUCAAGAUCUUCUUCCUCAUCCUCGUCUUCGUCACGGUCUGGAUCAAGUUCCUCGUCUUCGUCUUCCUCCUGUUCUUCAGGCUCUUCGUCUUCUUCAUCAUCAUCCACAUCUUCAGAAGACAGUGACAGUGAGGAGGUACCAAAGAACGCAUCAACAGUGCCUGGUGUUAAAGGCUUUGACGAAGACAGCGUUGCCUCACUCAACAUUACACAAGAUGACAUGCAGGACAGUCAUGUGACCAACGGUAUCUCUAACCCUCCCCACCCUUUCCAGGGAGGUUAUAUGCUUGCUGCCUCCUACUGGCCAAAGGACCGUGUCAUGAUAAACCGUUUGGACAGUAUAUGUCAGGCAGUGUUGAAAGGGAAAUGGCCAGGGGUUCGUCGUGCAUACGAAGGCAAUGCAGUGACUUCUUUCUACACCACCAAACUCCUGGACAACACAUCCACGCUCACAGAAGACCCUUCAGCCUCCCCUCAGGGUUCAAAGGUGAAGAAGCAUGUUGCAGACAGAGAAAAGGAGUUCUCAGUCAAAAUCAAUGACGAGGGCAGCCUUAAACUGACCUUCCAGAAGCAAGGUUUGCCUCUGAAGCGCCCCCUGGAGGGCGAGGAGGGACCUCUUGCCCAGCAGCAGUACUUAGCCCGGCUACACGAAUUACAGAACGCGUCUGAGACCAGCCUAGCAGAUUACACCAAAACACAGAACAGCUAUCCACAAGUACUGCCAGAGCAAAUGCAACUGAAUGGAGUUAUAGAUGGACAGCCGGUAAUGAAGAAGAAGAGAGGACGGCGGAAGAAUGUGGAGGGGAUGGACCUGCUGUUCAUGAACAGAAACAGGCCUCCUCUGAUGGCAGAGCAGGCUCCUGCUGGCUGGAGUGGCAGUGUUGCCAGUACAUCCGCUCCCCCUGGACUGAGCACACCUCAGGGGCUUAGCACCCUUGAUACAGAUAGUCGCGUUCCCGUCAUUAGCCUCAAAGAUGGGACGCGACUAGCUGGAGAAGAUGCUCCAAAACGGAAAGAUCUUGACCAGUGGCUAAAAGAACACCCAGGCUUCGUGGCAGAUGUUGGAGCUUUCAUUCCUAGUGCAAACAAGCCGCAGUUUCAAGAUGACAGACCAAAACAGAAGAGACAUCGCUGCAGAAACCCCAACAAAAUUGACAUCAACAGCCUGACUGGAGAAGAGCGAGUACAGAUCAUCAACAGGCGAAAUGCUCGCAAGAUUGGUGGUGCAUUUGCUCCUCCUCUGAAAGAUUUAAGCCGGUUCCUGCAGGAGAAUCCAGAGUAUGGGGUCCCACCAGAGUGGGCUGACGUUGUUAAACAGUCUGGUUACCUUCCUGAAAGUAUGUUUGACCGCAUCCUGACCGGCCCCAUCGUUCCUGAAGAAGUGAGCCGACGAGGUCGACGUCCCAAAAAUGCUUUGGCUAAAGCAGCCACUGUGGCCAGUCCCAGUGCCAACGCCGCCCUGGGGCUCAACCCACUCCUAACAAACGGCCUCCUCGCCGGGCUGGACCUGCCUAGUCUUCAAGCUCUUCAGCACAACCUCCAGAGCCUCCAGUCUCUCCAACUCACCACUGGCCUCAUGGGACUGCCUCACGACCCCACCAACAUGGCCGCCAUGUUUCCGAUGAUGCUGUCUGGAAUGACCGGGCUGCCGAACCUCCUCGGAAUGAGUGGUAUCCUUGGAAAACAGGAAGCGGCGGGUGUGGCUUUGACGAGCAACGAGGACAGGAAAAAGAAGACACCCAAAGGGCCGGCUGAGACUUUGAGUCCGAAUGGCAAAGCGGAAAGGACAGAGGGUCAAAGCUCCAAAGCCACCACCUCGAUGGCCGCCAACACAAAUCAAACAAGUGCUUCUGCUUCAGGCCACUCACUGGCCCUCAACCCCCUUCUCCUCUCUAGUAUGUUCUACCCAGGGAUGCUUCUUACUCCAGGCCUUAACCUGCCUGUGGCCAAUCAGCCGCAAGCUGCAAACACUCAGCCAACCCCACCGCUGCAAACUGCUGCCUCUGAAGCCACGGCCCAGCUGCCCAGCCACUCAGAGGACAAAGACAGCGAUGAUGGGGAGGAGCCAGACGAAAAGAAGGAUACCAGUGGUCCAGAGGGCUCGGCCAAGGCAGAGUCAUCCUCCUCCGGGUCCGACAGCUCCUCCUCGUCAUCCGAGGAUUCCGAUUCCAGCGACGAAGACUGAGUCUUUAUACAUGUAUAAAUAAAUAUUAUAUAUUUAUAUACAUCUCUUAGAAAUGUAUACAUAUAAACACAUAUAGGAGUUAUCCUGCAUUUACUACAUCAUGUUUUUGUUUCCAUGUAAAUAUAAUAAAUAAUGUGUUGUGUAAUGAAGAUGAAAAAACAAACAAACAGAAAACGGAGAUCCUAGAGAAACAGAAAUGAGAUUUCAGUGUUUGUUUAGGUACAAUGUCGUUUCGAAGAGACGUUUUGCAUGUGGGAAAAGAAAAAAAAAACUUUGUGAAAUUGUAUUACACCAUGAUGUAAAAUUGCAACAGACAAGAAGCAAAAACUAAAAGGCAUUAUUGUUAUAGCUAUGUCAGGAUUUAAUUUUAUUAAAGAAAUGAGGAUGCUGUUGCUCAUUGCAGAGCUGUAUAAUUAAUAUAUUUUGUUUUGGGAGAAAGAACACAUCGACUGUUUGGGUUUCAUUUGUAAAUACUUGAGCAGGAUCCUGAACACACAGACUUCACAGAGCAUACCUACAGAUCCACAGCAAUAACACACAGGCAGCUUAUGAAUGUCACUGAAGCUGUAGAGACCCUGCGUUCGUUCGUUCGUUCUUUCAUUGAUUCAUUUAUCCAUCACACAAGUUCUUGUUCAUUCACUUCUCUUGGGAUUUGUGCAUCUGUUUACUGUCCCAGACACACUGCAUCCUGCCCAAGGUCUGUUCUUUCUUUACUGUUUCUAUUAUUUUAUUCCUUUCUUUCCUUUCCAUUUGUUUCUUUCUUCCUUUUUCUUUCUUUCUUUUAAAUUCUCUUCAUACAGCUAUUUUACCCAAAGAUUUGAGUUUUGUACAUGGGUGCAGGCGAUCCAUCUUGCUGUACAGUGACGUCUACAGUGAUCCAGACAUUCUUUUAGGAAUACAUUCCUUACAAUGCCUGAAAUCGGUGUGCGUGCAUGUUUCCGGCAAACAUAACUCUUGGUUCUUUUUCAGACCACUUCUUUCACAUCCAUAUAUUCAUGUUUCUUUUAGCGUUCAGACAGCACUGUGUGUGUGUGUGUGUGUGUGUGUGUGUGUGUGAGUGAUGUUCUGUGCAUAUGAACACUGUUGCCUCAAUUUGCAUGAAAAUCUAUGUGUCCAAGGUCCUGUUGGCCUCACAUAUAAACCCCCUUGUGACAAACAGCAGUGCGUAUAGCCUCUCUUUUCCACAGACUGCUACAGUAUUGUCAUAUUAGUUGGUAAAAUUGAGAGGAAUUCAAGCAUUUGCAGUAGCAUUUCAGUUACUUGAUCAGUGCGCAUGAAGUCCUCAGAAUUGAUAGUAGGGUUGUUAAAUGUUAUAAAGGUCAAAAAUCACACGUUCCUUUAGUCUGACAAAAUACGUCUGUAAUUUUGCAGAUCCACGUAGUCGCCUCGCUGCUGUUAGGUGUAAAUGACUGAUCUAGAAGUGUCCUUAUGCCAUACUUCAGUGUCUGUCCCUCAUAAUACGUCGCAAUCCAGCACCUCGGCCAACACGAUGAACCUCAUUGGCGUUUUGAAUCAGGACGUGUAUGUGAUUUGAUUUCUGUUACAUGUGCUGAUGUGCUUGUUCUAGACUGUUAGGCUCAUUUGAUUCAUGCGAGUCUCUGCUGCGUCACGUUAGUUCAUAUUCAGGUUCGGCUACUGAAGUAUUUCCAUUUGUGAUGCAAAUUUCUUCGGGAUGCACUGCACAAUGCAACUCUCUUUGCCUGUCUCACUAGUGAACACAAUUAAUGGUCUUUCCAAGCAUGUUUGAUUUCAUUCAUGUUUUCACACAGAUGCCCUCUCUCUUAUCUCUCUGAGUGUAAUUUUGCCUCAUUAGAUGUUCUGAAUGCCAUCUCCUCUCCACUGUGGCAUCAGAGCUCCCUCUUUCCAGUUAGUUCGUGCUGAGCCACGCACUUUGAAACUGUGUACAGGUAUUGCUGCUUUCCACUUCUUCCCAAAACCGCACAUGAAACUUAUAUAGAUCCUCUUUUUUUGACAGCGUUAGCAUCUCAUUUAACUGAAUGAUGUUCUGAGAAGAAUUGCAGGUUUGACUGAGAAUUGGACAUUUAUGUCGAUUUUCUUUCUUUUUUUAUCAUAUGUACAUUAAUUCAAUAUUUUGGUUGUAUUUCAUGUUGCAUUAUGAACCGCUGGACUACUGACCAGAAUCAGGGCAAGAUUUGCCGUUGUGGCACAAAGACAAUGACAUCCAUCAUGCAACAGCAAAUGAAAUAGAAAUACACUACUGCAAAUAAACGUUUGUUUUCAAUUAUGUGAAUGAUUGAAUUGACAGACUCAUAUGUUUCCAUGGCUUAUUUUGUUUCAUAUUUUCAAUAUUU